AGCCCACCGGAACUAAGAAAACAACGGGAAGAAAGAAGUGGAGGCUGGGCGGCGGCAGAAAAUCAAAAGCUGUUGUUUGUGAUCAUGAACUCAUCAAAACCCAAUAAUCAAAUUGAUACAUACACCCAUCUUCGUCACCAUAAUGUGGAGGAGAUCUCUUGUUCCAGCGACGAAAUACUUUUCUACGAUGAAGAAGGAGAAGAUGGGCUUUGGGUGGUGGAAUCAUGUGAAACCAGCCCCAAAAGAUCCUAUCUUAAGCAUAACCCAAGAUUUCCUAGCUGACACCAGCCCCCACAAGAUCAAUCUCGGCGUGGGAGCUUAUAGGGAUGAACAUGGAAGACCCGUUGUGCUUCAGAGUGUUCAAGCUGCUGAGGCCUACAUUGCUGCUAAUCAGUUCUCGGAGUUGCUUUCAAGUGAUGCCACUUCCAAAUUGGUUGAGCAGAGUGUGAAAUUGGUUUAUGGAAAGAACAGUGAUGCAGUCACAGAAGGGAAAUUGGCUGGAAUCCAAGCUCUGUCAAGCACUGGUGCAUGCCGUCUCUUUGCAGAGUUCCAAAAGCGUUUAUAUCCUGAUUCGGUUAUGUAUUUACCCGACCCAACUUGGUCAAACCAUCACAACAUUUGGAAUGAUGCUGAAGUUCGAGUAAGAACGUAUCGUUAUUAUAACUCUAUUUCCAAGGGUUUGGAUUUUCCUGCACUAUUAGAAGACAUAAAGAAUGCCCCGGAUCAAUCAUUUUUCUUACUCCAUCCUUGUGCACAUAAUCCAACUGGGAUUGACCCGACAGAAGAAGAGUGGCGACAAAUCUCAUAUCACUUGAAAGCCAAGAACCAUUUUCCCUUCUUUGACGUGGCUUAUCAAGGUCUAGCUAGCGGAGAUCUUGAAAAUGAUGCAAAGGCUAUCAAAAUAUUUAUCGAGGAUGGACACUUGACAGGCUGCGCUCAGUCCUUUGCGAAAAUCAUGGGACUUGUCGGACAUCGAGUCGGCUGUCUAAGUAUUCUCUCUUGCAACAAGAAACAAGCAACCGCAAUCGAAAGCCAAUUGAAUCAAAUUGCAAGAGCAAUGUACAGCAAACCUCCUGCUCAUGGCAUGAUACUAGUUUCCAGAAUCCUCAGUGAUCCAAAAUUACGACUCCUUUGGGAAUCUGAGAUGAAGGUAAUGACUAAUCGUAUAAUGAGAAUGCGAGCUUGUUUACGUAGGAAUUUGGAGAAAUUAGGCUCUCAUAUAAACUGGGAACACAUAACCAACCAGGUUGGGAUGUUUUGCUACUCUGGCCUAUCAAUUGAUCAAGUAGUUUACAUUGCGAAAAAAUUUCAUGUGUAUAUAACCCAUGAUGGCCGAAUAAGUAUGGCCGGUGUAACGGCAGAAAACGUCGAAUAUUUAGCGGAAGCAAUACAUGAAGCUACCAGAGUUAACAAAUGAGGAUGUUUGUACAAUAUUAUUAUCAAUAAUCUUACUGUGUACCCGU